ACCUGGUCUCUGAGCUCUACACCAUACCAUCACCUGCCAUCGCCAUUGCCAUCCUCCUCAGCUCCUGUGAGGGAGUACGUGAUCGAGCCCGGCCGGACUCUGUUGAGAAGCGAUCGAGAAGAGGCUUAAUUAGGAGGAUCGCCAUGGCGGCGGGGUGCGGCGGGUUCGUGGAGAAGGCGAAGCCCUACAUCGCCAUGAUCUCGCUGCAGUUCGGGUACGCCGGCAUGAACGUGCUCACCAAGGUGUCGCUGAACAAUGGCAUGAGCCACUACGUGCUCGUCGUCUACCGCCAUGCCUUCGCCACGCUCUCCAUCGCCCCCUUCGCCCUCGUCCUCGAGAGGAAAGUGAGGCCCAAGAUGACUUGGCCAAUCUUCUGGCAAAUCUUCGUCCUGGCUAUGCUUGGGCCGGUGAUCGACCAGAACUUCUACUACGCAGGGCUCAAGUUCACCGGCCCAACGUUCGCCUGCGCCAUGAGCAACAUCCUGCCGGCCAUGACCUUCGUCCUGGCAGUGAUCUUCAGGAUGGAGAAGCUGCAGAUGAAGAAGGUGAGGUGCCAGGCCAAGGUGCUCGGGACGGUGGUGACCGUGGCCGGCGCGAUGCUGAUGACGCUCUACAAGGGCCCGCUGAUGCAGCUGCCGUGGACCACCACCAGGCACGUGCACGCGUCGUCGUCGGCCGCCGAGGCCCCCGCCGCCGGCGCGGAGAUCAGCGGCAGGGACUGGUUCCUCGGCUCGGUGUUCGUCAUCGUGGCCACCCUCGCCUGGGCCUCCCUCUUCGUCCUGCAGACGCACACCAUCAAGCAGUACUCGGCGCAGCUGUCGCUCACCACGCUCGUCUGCUUCAUCGGCACCCUGCAGGCCAUCGUCGUCACCUUCGUCAUGGAGCGCCGCACCUCCGUCUGGACCAUCGGCUUCGACAUGAACCUUCUCGCCGCCGCCUACGCCGGCAUCGUGACGUCGAGCAUCGCGUACUACGUGCAAGGUCUGGUGAUCCAGAAGACCGGGCCGGUGUUCGCGUCGGCGUUCAGCCCGCUCAUGAUGAUCAUCGUCGCCGUCAUGGGAUCCUUCAUCCUCUCCGAGAAGAUCUACCUCGGGGGCGUCCUCGGCGCCGUGCUCAUCGUGGCCGGCCUCUACUCCGUCCUCUGGGGCAAGCACAAGGAGACGCAGGAGAAGGAGGCCGACGCCAAGACGGCGCUGCCGAUGAUGGCAGUACUGCCGGCGGCAUCCUCCAUGCAAGACGCCGCCGCCGGGUGCAACAUCGGGAACAAUGGCGUGAGGUCGUCAUCAUCCUCCGGUGUACGUGGAGCUGCUGCUGCUGGUGGUGCAGUUUGAUUGGCCUCAUCAGACUCCCAAUAAUUUGCCUCCGGAGGAUCGACGGCGAUGUCGACGUCGUCGUCGUCUCAUCGAGUGCUGAACUCUCUGUUCGUCUAGCUACGACGAGCACAGUAUUCAUUAGGGAAAAUGGUGGUAAUUCUACUAGUAGAGAUAGUGCAGCAGCAGCUGUUUGGAAAUUGGAAUGGAGAAUUUGGCACGAACUUUGGGAAGAAUUCUGCAGUUCGAUCGCUAGCAAAGCUCUCCUGCAUAUGCGUUCCAAUUCCAAACACGCCGGUUUCAUCACCAAAAGGGCGCACGCAAAACCGAACUCUACAACUGAAACUGAAAGCGUGGCAGUUUUGCUUUUAAUUGUCAUAUUUGAUUUGUGAUUCUGAAUUAGUAUUUCUACAUAUCUUAGCAUCCCAAGUUGUAAUCGCUUAUUCGCUUGUAUGAUAAAUGAGAGGUUGUGUGUAUCACACUAUCAAGUUAUAAAAUACUUUUUCCUCAAAAAAAAAGUUA